CGUUCCUUUAGCAGUUAACAACACGUAUCGGUUAUUCUGGUGCUUCUUCAGUAACACGGGCUAAUUUUACAGCAAGAUGUCCACUGCCGUCGGCCCAGAACCCACUACUGUGGUAUGUCCUAAUUGCCAGCUUCAAGUGACCACACGAACGGAGCCAAAAGCUACGACAAAAACGCACUUGUUUGCCCUAAUCAUGUGCCUUACCUGCCUCUGGCCCUGUGCUUGCUGCCUUUACUGCACGGAUUGCGCCCGGAGCACCACUCAUUUCUGUCCAUCUUGCAACAACUACGUGGGAACCUAUGAUCGCUAACGCCUGAUGAUUUUUACCUUUAAACUUAAUUUUAUUCGAUUCAAAUUAUCAUUAAAUACCAUUUUCUAAA